AUGGGUGUCGCUAGUGUUCAGCUAAUAUUUGGUGCGAUAAGUCGUAUAGCGGCUGCGUAUAAGUUCAAUGCGUAUGGUAUUGGUGAGGAACCCACGCUAGACGUGACAGUCACUUCUGCAACAAUUAUGGUUUGUACGGUGAUUGUGAAGUUUUCAUUGUUUUGCAUCUGCCAAAAGUACUGGUAUUACCUUGAUCCGAUUGGUGCGAUUCUGGUAUCAGUGUACAUUCUCUACACAUGGGUGAGCACUGGUUGGGAUCAUUUAUCGAAGCUCAGUGGAAAAUCGGCGGAACCAGAGUUUAUUAAUCGCAUCAUCAAGGUAACCUCCAUUUAUUUACAUAAAUAUAAGUCGGAUCCGUCGAUAGCUGUGCUAGCCAUGGAUCAUAGGAAUGAUUGUUUGUCGAAUACGGUGGCUCUUGCUUGUGCCUGGCUUGGUAACAUGUGA